GUGAACCAAACAUUUCCAUCCACACUGACUCCGGACAUAUUUCGGCCAGAGGAGGAGAGGAGCGCAUGGAUCCGGGUUUACGCGCACUGACUGCUGCUGUCCUGGAUGCUGCACCGACUCUGAAACAGGACGCUGCAGCCGGCACAUCCCUCAUUUUGAACACUACGGCGAGUAUCCGCCGGCGUAGCAGCGUGAAGUGAGCAGGCGGGCGGCAGGGCUCGGGAGCCGUCGUUGUUUCGUGUGGCUACCGUGCCGGUGGUAGACAGCGCGGCGGAGAUGGAGCGGUGGAAAGGCAGAGUGGCCCUGGUGACCGGAGCCUCGGUGGGAAUUGGAGCGGCAGUGGCCCGGGCACUGGUCCAGCAGGGCAUGAGGGUUGUCGGCUGUGCCAGGAACGUCGACAAAAUAGAGAAGCUGGCAGCAGAAUGUCAGAGCGCCGGCUACAGCGGCACGCUGAUCCCUUACAAGUGUGACCUGUCAAACGAGGAGGAGAUCCUGUCAAUGUUCUCGGCCAUCAAAACGCUGCACAAGGGCGUGGACGUGUGCAUCAACAAUGCUGGACUGGCCCACAACGAGCCCCUGCUCAGCGGAAAGACGGAGGGCUGGAGGAACAUGAUCGAUGUGAAUGUCUUAGCUUUGUCUAUCUGCACCCGGGAGGCGUACAAAUCAAUGAAGGAGAGGAAUGUGGACGACGGCCACAUCAUUAACAUUAACAGUAUGGGUGGACACCGAAUGGUCCCGAGUGCCGAUGAGCAUUUUUACUGUGCCACUAAAUACGCUGUGACCGCUCUGACCGAGGGGAUACGACAAGAGCUUCGAGAGGCGAACACCCACAUCAGAGCCACAUGUAUAUCUCCUGGAAUAGUGGAGACUGAGUUCGCCUUCCGGCACCACAACAGUGAUCCCGAGAAAGCUGCUUCAGUGUAUGAGAGUAUCAAGUGUUUGAAAGCAGAAGACAUAGCCAGUGCAGUCACAUUUGUCCUCAGUGCCCCUCCUCAUGUCCAGAUUGGAGAUGUGCAGAUGAGGCCAGUCGAGCAGGUGUCAUAGCAGUGCAACAGGAAGCUGCAGGAGGAGCAGACAGACAGCAGCCACGGUGACUCCUUAGCGACCUCUGCUGGGCAAGCGGGUGGGGUGGGGUGGGGGACAAAACAAAUCAACUACAGCUGUGUUGGAUCUGCAUGGGAUGUGGCCGUGGAAGGCUGGAGCCUUAAGGAGGCUGUGCAAAGGAAAUGAAGGGCGUGGACUUUGUAAACCACUACAAAAAUACUACUGAACGCAGCAACCUGGCAUUUGUGAAUCGCAGGGCUCAGUCGUGGACUGAGCUGACUCCAAACUACAGUAGGAACAAACACAAGGAGAGUUGCUGCUGUGCUGUGUGGUCACCUACACAGCCGUCACUUCAGAGGGAAGAGUAUGCCAUUGAUUGCACAUGUUUUCUUUUGUUUUUGUAGGUCAUAUGACAUAUCUUUUUGAAAUUAAAUGGAAAGAGUAAUUGCUGUUUAUAAAAUUGAUAACUUUUUUGUUCCAUUUUUUUUAAAUAAAUAUUUUAGCUUUUGAUUAUAGAUAGAUGUGGUCACAUAUUACCUAACACUAGACAAUACUAUGUCGUACCCACUGUAAGUAACUAUAAGCAGUCUGUCCAUCCUACCGCAUUUACUCACAAACAUAUUCAGUUACCCUUGUUUGGAUCUGUAAAUCCUACACGAGGGGUCAGGGAACAUGUAAAGGAGAGACACCCUUGUCUGUUAAGCACAUGGGUUUUUACAAUCCAUUCAUUUUUGCCUGUGUAAUUUCAGUGGUUCUGCACUUUGGAUUCAUUUGUGAGGCAUUGUAAGAAGAAAACACCGGCAACAUACGUAAGGGGAGGAAACUAACUGAGCACAUGCAUACCCUAGAAACAUGUACCCUUCUGUUGGAACUUUCUCAUUAAACGAAUAAAUAAAAAUGGUUGCCCAAAAGUA